UAAAUAGUCUUACUUUGUAUGAAAAAAAUGUUUUCAUUUUGAAUUUUUUACAAACUGUUGUUUGAUUUCUUUAUAUCAUGAGUAUAUGUGAUUCUUACCAACAUUGUGGUUUUUUAAAGAAAAUUUAUCGAAUUCACAACGGUUAUCAAAUUGUGUUUUAAGUGAAGAAUUGGGUAAAAUUAAGAAUGGAUCAAGAUAGAUAAGGAUCUGCAAUCUCUCAAUUUUGAGAAAAUCUCUACAGAAACAUUGGAAUCUCUAUCGGAAUACUUUGAUGAAAUUAUAGAAGAUGCUGCUCAUUUACAAGAUGCAGAUGUAUCAUGCGGAGAUGGAGUACUCACAGUUAAGUUUGGAAAAGAAUGCGGAACCUAUGUUAUUAACCGACAAGUUCCAAACCAACAAAUCUGGCUAUCGUCUCCCAAAUCUGGACCAAAGCGCUAUGAUUUCAUUGAUGGCACAUGGAUAUACAAGCAUGAUGGACAAUCAUUACACGAAUUGUUGAAUGCAGAAAUCCCAGAUGUUGUGAAAUUUCCAGUUUCAUUUGAUAAAUGUUCCUACAGUGUUAGACAGAAAUAAGUCUGAACUACAAAUUACUUAAGUUUUACUUGUACAUAGCCAACUGUUAAUCUCUUUUUAAAAUUCUACAUCUGUCGAAUUUAUUAAGUAUGUGUACAUAUCAAACUGUAUAUAAGAUUAUUAAUAAAUUUGUUUGAAUGUA